CCAAAACCUGCAUUUAUGCAAAAGUACUUCACCGUUCUUACUCAUGUAUCCCGCAUAAAACGAGAAUAACCUACAUUUCGCCGCCAUUUUCGGGUCAAAUCGUGUGAAGUGGAUGCGAGGACCUUACUUCGCCAGUUCCUCCAUCUACCGACCUUGGCUGUGUGGAAAGAAUGUGAAGAAGCUGAAAAAAGUGCAAAUAUGGGCAAAUUGUGUUACCUAUGUGAUAGAAAAGCUUGUAAAACAGAGAAUAUUUCUUUACAUAGGUUUCCAAAGGAUUUGAUUCUGUGUCAAAAGUGGUUAGAUGUUUGUGGUCUAAACUACAAUGAUGAUGUAUCACACACUUAUCUAUGUUCUAUCCACUUUGCUGAAGCGGACAUUAACAGAUAUGACACUGUUGGGAGACAUAAAUCUGUAAUUAAACCAGGAGCGGUCCCUUCACUUUUUAUAUCAAAUCCUCUUAUCAUACAAGAUUUGUCAUCACAAGCAUGGGCAAACAUGAAUGAAUAUAACACUGAAAUUGAAGAUAAAUCUAAAAAUUCUGAUGAGAAUUGCAACUCCGUUCUGAAACGUAAAUCGUUAACUUUUGAAGGUGAUGAUGUGAAUAGUACAGUUCCAAAUGAUAAUAGCUGCGAUACUCCCAAAAAACAACGGAGAUUCUUCGAACCACGGUAUAUCGGGGAAAUUACAAUAGCAGAUGUUGCAACUCCAAGAAGGGCCAGUAGAGUUCUGCAAUUAAUAAAAACAACUGACCAGCAAAAAUCGAAACAAAUUAAGAAUCUGCAGGAUCAAACGAGGAAACUGAAAAAACGCAUUAUUUCUUUACAAGAUAUAAUAUCAAGAUAUAUUUGAAAAAGAAGAACAUGAUUUCUCAAGAAAGUGAAGAGACUUUCAUGGUAAAUUAAACACAAAUAUGAAUUAUUCUUUUUUAAACAAAAUAUUAUAUUGCAUGUAUAUAAUUAGAAUUGAAUACAAUACGUAUUGGACGAGGGAUUCCAAUAUCGAUGACGUAUGUUUUUUUACAACACUUGUUGGAGACUAUUUAUACAUCAUGAAUUAUAUUUAAUAAGCCUCUUCAAAGGAGAUUUCAUAAGCUGGUUAUGUUAUGAAUGUUUUUAUACAGAGCAUAAUGCCAGAACAUUUUGCUAACAUGAAGAAUUUGACAAUUAAGAAGAAUGGAGCUUACACUUCACAAAUUCGCAGUUUUGCGUUAACUUUGCAUUAAACACUAUACAGAGUAUAUUAUAAAUACAAUACAUAGAUAUGUAUAAUUGUUUGAAAAUACAACUUCACAAACA